UUGAAACUCCGCCUUUUCUCCACCGGAAAUGACUCAAAAGUGAAAGUGAAAGCAGGUAAUUUUUGUGUCGAGAAAAACACGAAGCUCUUGGAACAGAAUUGCAGAUGAAGCUUUGUUCAUGCUAAAAGACAUUUGACUUUCUGAAAUAAUGUCAGUGGAGUGUGAGGAAAACCGAGCCUCUAAAAUGAAUCAUGAAGAGGAGCAGGGCAAGUUUAAAAGUGAAACUGGGAAAAGGCCCGAUUCUCCUGUAUCGAGCUGUUUGUCCUUUAAGAGUGACCAGUCAAAGCCACUCUAUAUCCACUUUAAUGAAAAUACAGCAUCUCAAGAAAGUGGAACUGGGAAAAGGUCAAAUUCUCCUGUUUCCAGCUGUGUGUCCUUUAAGAGUGACCAGUCAAAGCCACUCUCUAUCUACUUUAAUGAUAAAACAGCCUCUCAAGAAAGUGGAACUGGGAAAAGGUCAAAUUCUCCUGUUUCCAGCUGUGUGUCCUUUAAGAGUGACCAGUCAAAGCCACUCUCUAUCUACUUUAAAGAUAAAACAGCCUCUCAAGAAAGUGGAACUGGGAAAAGGCCAAAUUCUCCUGUAUCCAGCUGUGUGUCCUUUAAGAGUGACCAGUCAAAGCCACUCUCUAUCCACUUUCACUUUAAAGCAGGAACAGCCUCUCAGGAAAGUGCUGUAAUAAUGCUGAAUCAGAUUACCUGGAGAGGAGAUGCAGGAAUACUCAACAACAAAUCUGAAUUCAAAAGAACCCCAAAGCAGAAGUCAAAAAUCAGCUGCAGAAAUUCAGUGGAGUCCAUAUUCAAGGAGCUGAAGCACAAAGUCAUCACUCUGUUGAAGAAGGAGCUGAAGAGGUUGAAGAAGCUACUGAGUGCUGAUUUCCCAGCAUGCUCUGAGGAGGAGGAGGAGGAGGAUCUGCACUGUUUCAGAGAGGGUGUGCUGAAGAUCACACUGCACAUCCUGAAGAACAUGAAGCAGAAAGAUCUCGCUCACACACUGCAGAUCAAGCUGGCCUCUGUGUAUCAGCGAAAGCUCAAAUCCAGACUUCUAGAUAAAUGUAAAAGAAUUAAUGAAGGAAUCUCACAGCAUGGGACAUCAACACUUCUGAAUCAGAUCUACACAGAGCUCUACGUCACAGAGGGUGGGAGUGGAGACGUCAAUAAAGAACAUGAGGUGAGACAGAUUGAGACAGCGUCCAGGAGACCAGCAGCAGAGGAGACACCCAUCAAAUGUAAUGAGCUCUUUAAAGACAAGUCCAUCAGAAGUGUGCUGACUAAAGGAGUAGCUGGAAUUGGAAAAACAGUCUCUGUGCAGAAGUUCAUUCUGGACUGGGCUGAAGGGAAAGCGAAUCAGGACGUCACCUUCAUGUUUCCACUUCCCUUUAGAGAGCUGAAUUUGGUGAAGCAGGGGACCUUCAGUCUGAUGAGCCUUCUUCAUCAGUUUUUCCCUGACAUUAAGGACUUGGAAGUAAUAGACAGUGAUGCCUACAAAGUCCUGUUCAUCUUUGAUGGUCUGGAUGAGUGUCGACUUCCUCUAAAUUUCCAGAAGAAUGAGAUGUUGUGUGAUGUGACAGAGUCAGUCUCAGUGGAUGUGCUGCUGACAAACCUCAUCAAGGGGAAUCUGCUUCCCUCUGCUCACCUCUGGAUAACCACUCGACCAGCAGCAGCCAAUCAGAUCCCUCCUGAGUGUGUAGCCCAGGUAACAGAGGUACGAGGGUUCAGUGAUCCUCAGAAAGAGGAGUACUUCAGUAAGAGGAUCAGUGAUCGGAGCCUGUCCAAUAAAAUCAUCACACACAUGAAGUCUUCCAGAAGCCUCUACAUCAUGUGCCACAUCCCAGUCUUCUGCUGGAUCUCAGCCACUGUUCUAGAGAGAAUGUUGGGUGAAGCAGAGAUUGGAGAGAUCCCCAAGACUCUGACUCAAAUGUUCACACACUUCCUGAUCUUUCAGAUCAAACACAAGGACCAAAAGUACCAUCAGAAAUGUGACCUUGAUCUUCCCCAGACCAGAGAGAGUAUCCUGACACUGGGAAAACUGGCUUUCCAACAGCUGGAGAAAGGAAACCUGAUGUUCUAUGAGGAAGACCUGAGAGAGUGUGGCAUUGAUGUCAGAGAAGUGGCAGUGUACUCAGGAGUGUGUACCCAAAUCUUCAGGACAGAGUCUGGACUCCACCUGGGGAAGAUGUUCAGCUUUGUGCAUCUGAGUGUUCAGGAGUUUUUGGCUGCAUUAUAUGCAUUUCUCUGCUUCCUUGACAAAAACCCAACAAAAGAACAAACCACUGAUCUUUCUGGUCUUCUCAACAUAUCAGAAAUGUCUGACUUCCUCAAGAGUGCAGUGGAUCAGGCCUUACAGAGUGACAACGGACACUUGGAUCUUUUCCUCCGCUUCCUUCUGGGCCUCUCAGUGGAGUCUAAUCAGGAGCUCAUUCGAGGUCUGCUGACACACAAAGGAAACAGCUCUGACUGUCAGAAGGACAUAGUUGAGUACAUCAAGUUCAAGUUUGAACACAGUCCAUCUCCAGAGAGAUCCGUCAAUCUGUUCUACUGUCUGAACGAGUUACAUGAUGAUUCACUAGUGAAAGAGAUCCAAAGCUACAUGAGCUCAGGACGUCUCUCUGAAGCUGAACUCUCACCUGCUCAGUGGUCUGCUCUGGUCUUUGUGUUGCUGACAUCAGAGGAGGAUCUGGAAGUGUUUGAGCUACAGAAGUUCAUAAAGUCAGAUGAAUGCUUUAAGAGACUGCUACCAGUCGUCCGGGAAGCCACAAGAGUUCUGCUCAGCGAGUGUAACCUGACGGAGAGAAGCUGCUCGGCUUUACACACAGUUCUCAGCUCAGAAUCCUCCAAGCUGACUGAGGUGGAUCUGAGCAGUAAUCCUCUGGAGGACUCAGGAGUGAAGCUGCUUUGUGCUGGACUGAAGAGUCCAAACUGUAAGCUGGAGAAACUGAGACUUUCAGACUGCAGUAUAACAGAGGAAGGAUACGCUGCUCUGGCUGAAGCUCUGAAAUCAUCACACCUGAUAGAGCUGGAUCUCAGAGGGAACGACCCUGGAGCAUCAGGAGUGAAGCUGCUCACUGAUGUACUACAGGAUCCACACUGUACACUGGAGACACUGAGGUUGUUGAAAAGUGCUGAUGCAGAGGAAGCCUACAAGUGUCUUACUGACAUUUUCAGAAGAAACCCCUUACUGCACACGGAGCUGGAUCUGAGCAACAACACACCUGAAGACGUCAAAGUGAAGCAUCUCUCGGCUCUGCUGCAGGAGCCACAUUACAGACUGCAGAAACUCAGGGUCACGGGGAACCUGGAGUCUAUCCCAGGGAGCAUGGGGCACAAGGCGGGGUACACCCUGGACAGGGUGCCAGUACAGCACAGGGCACAAUCACAUACACACUCACACACCCAUUCAUACACUACGGACACUUUAGACACGCCAAUCAGCCUACCAUGCAUGUGUUUGGACUGGGGGAGGAAACCGGAGUACCCGGAGGAAACCCCCGCAGCACGGGGAAAACAUGCAAACUCCGCACACACAGGGCCCCAGCGGGAAUCCCCCGCCGGGCGAACGUGCUAACCACUAAGCCACCGUGCGCCCCUGCUGUGUUUAUAUAUUUAUAUGUGUUUAUAUAUUAAUUUUAAUUCUGUCUCAUGUCACAAAUACAUUUAUUUACAUUUACAUUUAUUCAUUUAGCAGACGCUUUUACAGAGACGUACAAAUGAGGAAAUACAAGCAAAGCGAUAUAUCAAGCAGAGAACAAUACAAGUAGUGCUACUGUACAAGAUUUUUAAUUAAAUACACCUGUUACCAGGUCAAGAAAAGCCUGUGGCAAGAAAAUAGCGGAAGUAUACACGGUUAUAGAGCCACAAAAAUGAGUACAGACUAAUGUUCCACACGGACUGGCCUUGAAAUAAAUGACCGUGUCCAUAAUUCAGGUGGAACUCGUACAGACUGCAGUAAGGUACUAAUAAUAUAAAACAUGCCUUAUUUUAUAUACACUCACUGACCACUUUAUUAGGAACACCUAUAUACUUGAUCAUUCAUGUAAUUUUCCAACCAGCCAAUCAUGUGGCAGCAGCACAAUGCAUGAAAUCAUACUGAUACAGAUCAUGAGCUUCAGUUAAUGUUCACAUCAAAGAUCAGAACGGAGGAACAUGUGAUCUCUGUGACUUUGACUGUUGCAUUGGUUUGAGUAUUUCUGAAAGUGCUGGGAGAUCACACACACACACACACACACACACACACACACACACACACACACACACACACAACAGUCUCUAGGGUUUAUACAGAAUGGUGCAGAAAACAAAAAACAUCCAGUGAGCGUCAGGUAUGUGGGUGGAAACGCCGUGUUGAUGAGAGAGGUCAGAGGAGAAGGACCAGACUGGUUCAAACUGACAGGAAGGUAACCAGUAUAACCAAAUAACAAAUAGCCACUCUCUACAAACAUGCUGAGCAGAAAAGCAUCUCAGAACACACAACACAUCCAACCUUGAGGAUGGGCUACAACAGCAGAAGACCACAUCUGAGGCUACAGUGGACACAGACUCACCCAAACUGGACAGAUGAGGAUUGGGAAACCAUCACCUGGUGUUUUUUUCCAAUCUUCUGCCCAGUUUUGGUGAGGCUGUGAGUGUGUGUACUCAUUCCUUCAUUCAAGUGCUUUAUCCUGGUCAGGGUGAGCACCUAGGGGGCAAUUGAGAAGCGGUGAAACACUACACAGACAGUAACCAGAGAUCAGGAUCUCUCUCUCCCUCUCUCUCUCACUCUCUCUCUCACUCUCUCACUCUCUCACUCUCUCUCUCUCUCCUUCUCUCUCUCCUUCUCUCUCUCUCUCUCCCUCUCUCUCUCACUCUCUCUCUCACU